CUGAGGUGGUUGGUGGGAGGCUGAGUCCCAGCAGAAUGGUGGUGGUCCGGUUUUUGGAAUCUGAGGCUACCCUUCAGGGGAUCAUUGGUAAAGUUCAAGAUGCCAUUGGAUGUCAUGACCCAAUGGUAUUGACUGAUGUGCAGGGGAAUGCAAUUUUGGAGUCAGAAGGCACAACUGGGUCCCAGUACUGGAAACAAAAUGCAAGAAAGAUUCUUGCUAUACAAGAACAGGCCUUCCAGGAGGUGCAGGGCUCUAAAAGGAGGAGAAUGAGCCGAAAAGAUGAAGAUGCUGCCGGAAUUGGAGAGGUCACUGAGAAGAUAGAAGAGCUUGUACUGGCAUCACAGACCUUACCAGAUAUCACUGCAGCAAUCAGAGAGCUCACCAAUCUAGCUGCCACUCAAAGAGUGAUCCUGACUCCUUCACAGCUACAGACCAUCAAGCAAGGAUUCUGCUGUGUUAUUUGUAUGAAAUUCAUCGAGGAGCCAGUCUUCACCGAGUGUUGCCGGAGCAUUAUUGGCUGCAAAACAUGUGUGGUACAGUGGCAGGAGACCUCUGUGCACUGUGCAAAAUGUAGAGGGAACACUGCAAACAACACCAUAUAUGAAAUUAAUGGUCUGUCAGAUACUUUUUCUGUUCUGAGAUCCCUUUAUGAAGAGGAGUAACAUGUUGAAUUUUUACAC